AUGACAACUAGAACUCGAGCUAGAAACAACGAAAAUCCCGAGGGUGACGAACUAGUUAAUCACAUCCCAAUCCGUGAUACCGAAAACAUGUUUAGAAAACAACACCCUCCAACUUUUGACGGCUUAGGCAAUCCGUUAGACGCCGAAAAAUGGGUUAGAGCGAUAGAGCGAAUAUUUGCAUAUAUAAGGUGUGAAGAUCGUGAGAAGGUAAUAUAUGCAAAAUACCAGCUGAUUGAUGAAGCUGACUUUUGGUGGGAGUCAGUCGAAAGGACUAUGACUCAAGCGCAAAAAGACACUUUGACUUGGGAAGGCUUCAAAGAAAAGUUGUUUGAAAAAUUUAUUCCAGAAUGUUAUAGGCAAAAGAGACAAAAUGAGUUUUGGAAUUUAAGACAGGGAAAAAGUACGGUCACAGAAUAUGAUCGUGCAUUUAAUCGAUUGUCAAGAUAUUAUCCACAACUGGUGGAUACUGAUGAAAAGAAAGCUGACAGAUUCAGAAAAGGGCUGCGUCCUGAAAUCGCAGUUUCAUUGGCUAGUCAGGGAACACUAACCUAUGCCCAAUCACUAACAAGGGCAUUAAACAUUGAGACAUUACUGCCAAAAGAAAGAGAGAAAGGAGCCAUACAACAAUUUGAGGGGGAUAGAGGAAAAAGGAAAUGGGAGGAUCGAGCAUCGGGAGAAGAAAUUGUAAAAAGGGGAUUUUGGAGAGGGCCACCACAACAACAAUUCCUGCCACAACAACUCCAACAACAACAAUUUCAACCUCGACAGCCACAACAAUUUCAACAGCGGCCAUCGCGACCCCAACAAUAUUAUCAACAGUACCCCCAACAGUGGGGAUUUUCGGGACAGAAACCUGUGUGUCCCCAAUGUAAGAAACCUCACUUAGGAGAAUGUCGGAUUGGAACAAAUGUUUGCUUUAGAUGUGGGAAGUCGGGAUAUAUGAUUAAAGAUUGCACCAAUGGAAAAUGGUCAAUGAAGGGUCAGCAACAGCAAGGUCAAGGACCUACUAAGACUCACGGGCCAAUAAUGAGACAACCUCAACAGGCAAGGGCUUAUGCUUUGAACAAGCAACAGGUUGGAAAUGCGCCCGAGAACUUAGCAGGUAUGAUCUAUAUAAACGAAACUCCAAUCUUAGCGCUAUUUGAUACAGGAGCUUCACAUUCGUUUAUAUCUAAGGUUGCGUGUGAAAAGUUAUCUAUAGUAACUGAAGUACCUGAAUUGGCAUUGAGCGUGAGUAUACCAACAGGAAAUACGGUUACUAUAUUAGAAGUUAGUAAGGGUCAAGAUGUUAAAAUUGGAGACCUAAUAUUUAAAGCUGACCUGCAUGUCAUCGACAUGAAAGGAAUUGACGUUAUUUUCAGAAUGGACUGGUUAGAAAAAAAUAGAGCAACGAUAUGUUGUCAGGAGAGGGAAAUUUUGUUCCAAACACCUAAUGGAGAGAAAAUUAUUUUUCAAGGAGGGAGACUUGGAACAGAAGUGCCUGUUAUAACCGCAAUGAAAGCCAAUAAGAUGUUGAGAAAAGGAAAUUGCCAAGCAUUCUUGGUAAACUUAACGGCGGAAAAGGAAAAUGAAUUGAAAAUAGAUGAUGUGUCAGUAGUAUGA